UUCAGGUUCAGCCGUUCCAAAAAUGGAAACCAUGGCGGCUGUUUUGCUGUCAAAGACGUGCUUUUGCUCUUUGGUUCGAUUUUCCGACCGAGAGUUUGUGCGUUGAAACAAAAAUUGAGAAACUCUGGAUACUUGCCAAGAAUGGAACAUCGUGACGCAUCUGUCGAUGAAGAAGUUGAAGGUGGAGAUGACGAAUCUUCAUUAUUUUCUCACACUGAAGAUGCCCUGGCUUCUUUCAGAGAAAAGUGGCAACGAGAACUAGAAAUAUCUCCCAAGCGAGAUCCUUCCAAAGCUCAGGUUCAAAACUCGUUGAGCUCCAGUACUGCCGAAGCUGAAAAUACUUCCAUUGAGAACAGGGCAAAGAGUCUUUUCCUAAAAGGCAUCGAACACGAGCAGACUGGAAAAUUGUAUGAAGCAAUUCAGUUUUACAAGCGGGCUGUUCAAUUAGUUCCUGAUAUUGAGUUCCGUCUUUACGAAUCGACCAAAGUUAAACCUCAAAGGUUUGAUCCUAAUGAAAGAAAUGAUCAAAUAAAUAACGAUAAUUGUGCUGUUAACAAGGAAGAAUAUGAGGAGACUGAAGACGAGGAUGAUGAUAGCGAUCUUUUCUCCAGACUUUCGAGGAUUCUCAGUAGAAACCAAUGUGUUUGCUUUCCUUCAUUUCAGCAAAGUACAACUCAUAUAUCAGCUUUACCUAUGGAAAUCGUGCUCUAUAUCCUUAGAUGGGUUGUUUCCUCAGAAUUGGAUUUACGAUCCCUUGAAAUGUUUUCAAGAGUCUGUAGAGGAUUUUACAUUUCUGCUAGGGAUGCAGAGAUUUGGAGGCUGGCUUGCGUUAGAGUUUGGGGCGUGAAUUGCGGGAGUUUUGAACCACAAUACAAUUCUUGGAGAGAAAUGUAUUUACACCGACCCAGGUUGAGUUAUAAUGGAUGUUAUAUUAGCAAAACGAGUUAUAUAAGGCAUGGAGAAAAUAGCUUUCAGGAUCAAUUUUACAGGCCUUGGCAUCUUGUUGAAUACUUCAGGUAUUUGAGAUUUUUUCCAGAGGGAAGGGUUCUGAUGUUGACAUCAACUGAAGAUGCCCAAGUCUGUGUGAAUGCCCUGAAGUCUCGAUCUCCGAGAAAUGCAGAAGUUUUGAUCGGCCAUUAUCGACUUAGAGAUAAUUGUGUCACUCUCAUUCUUAAGAAGCAAGUUCUCAAAGGCAACAACAACGUCUACAGGCGCAAAAGACGAGAAGUGUCACACGAUAGUGGAGAACAAACUUACCACGCCGAAUUCGAGAUUCAAAAUCACCAUAAAAAAGUAAACUCGCAACUAACAUGGCUGACUUAUAAAAUUUAUACUAAAUACAAAGACGGUGAUGAGGUUACAACGUGCUUGAGUCUCGGCAUGCGUUAUCCUCCGUUUCGAUUUAAUCGAGUCAAAAGCUACACUCAGGAAAGCGAGGCCCCUUUACAGUAAGGCAGUACUUCGCGUGUGAAUCUAAUAUUAAUAUAACAAAAUUUUUUUCAACACUUACUGUCACGAGUAAUCUAUUUUUUAUCUACGGCCUAUCGGUAUGUUCCAUCGCUGUUUAUAAUAUCGCUAUCGUAUACAGGAAACACUGGAAUUAUCGAUUAAGGUCUGAAGUUAGAGUACAAAGAGCAUUUGCAAAAAGUUCUGUGCUAAAAAUUCAGGGGAUAUAGUCCAUAGUCUAUCAGUUUAUGUUACACUAAAAUAUCCGGAAAAUCAAUCCAGGUUAUUGGCAAAGUUAGAUUUAAUUAAAGUACUGUCUAGUCUUAUGGAACUUUCCCUAUUGCAGAAAUUUCUGUAACACUAGCCCGGUGCUUUACUUGCAAAUUAAUCUUACGGAAAAUUCCAUAAUGCUAGAAAGUGCCUUUUAUUGAUUAUUAAUUUUUUUGUUAAGUUUUAUGAGGAAGUAAAAUAGUUGGAUUUGAGUUAAACUAAAGAUGUGCUAGAAAAAUUUGAUUAAAUCUAAUUCUGAAGUGCAGUGAAGUUUGUAAAUUACUUUAAAUGGCUAGUGGUAAAAAUAUUUGAAUCGUGUGUGAUUGCUGCGUACAAUUUAGUGUCCUCUUCUACUGGCGAAUCUUAACAAAAAAAUCUGUAUAUAUUAUGUCUACAAUUAUGCUACUGCACAUAUAUAGAAUAGUGUCUGUACAGUAAACAAACUCGAGAAAUAGUUUCAAUAUUUUCAAAUAAUUUUAUUUAUCCAAUAGUGUGUUUCGGUAUGUUAAACCAUAGGAUUGACUGCUUAAUCAACCGAAACAACUUCGGACCUUCACCUUGUACAAUAUUUGGGUAAACACGUGUGUGUAAGCAUAAAAUAAACUUAUUUUUGACGUGCUAA